AUGUCGCAGCGGCCUCUGCCAAGCCGCCUCAGCCGCAAAGUGCCAUUUCCGCAUCCGCCGUCAACAACCAGCCACCACCAUGUCGUUCUUCUCGAGCCUCUCGAACCUCACCAAGCAGGUCAAGGAAACCCGGAGCACCUCGAGAAGGUCGAGCGCUAUGGCAACCAGCUCAUCGACCAGCACAUGGGCAAGAGCACCAAGGAGGUGAACGCGACGGCUGCGCCGCCGGCCGACGCCUGGCACCACCAGGAAUACCACAACUCGUCGAGCACGAAGAAGGCGCUCUUCAUCGGUAUCAACUACUACAACACCGAGGCCGAGCUCCGCGGCUGCGUGAAGGACGUCGAGAACCUCUCGAGCUUUGUCCACGAGAAGUGCGGCUUCCCCAUCAACACGAUGCGCAAGCUCACGGACGACGGCAACGGCUACGCUCUCCCGACGCGCGCCAACAUCCUCUCGGGCAUGCGCUGGCUCGUGCAGGGCGCCAAGGCCGGCGACUCGCUCUUCUUCCACUUCAGCGGCCACGGCUCCCAGGAGGACGACUCGAACGGUGACGAGGCCGAUGGCAUGGACGAGACCAUUUGCCCCGUCGACUACGCGACGGCAGGCAUGAUCACGGACGACGAAAUGCACGGCAUCCUCUGCGCGCCGUUGCCCGCCGGUGUGAAGCUCACGGCGAUCUUCGACUGCUGCCACUCGGGCUCGGCGCUCGACCUCCCCUUCACGUACACGAUCGACGGCAACUUGCAAAUCCACGAGCAGGACAACCGCCUCGUCGCGGCCAAGAAGUUCCUCCGCGCCGGCCUGGACUUUCUCCGUGGCGACACGCAGGCCGCCAAGCGCGGCUUCCAGGACGCGUACAGCUCCUUCUCGGCCCCGCCUCCGCCGACGUCUGGCCCCGUCGCCGAAAAGUCCAUCAAGGAAAAGACCACCGCGGGCGACGUCGUUCUCUUCUCGGGCUGCAUGGACACGCAGACGUCGGCCGACGCGGUCAUUGACGGCACGGCCACCGGCGCCAUGUCGUACGCGUUCAUUGCGGCCUUCGAGGAGCACUCGAUGGACAUCACGUACCAGGAGCUCCUCCGCGCGCUCCGUGGUUUCAUGCUCUCCAAGUACUCGCAGAUCCCGCAGCUCUCGGCGGGCCGUGCCAUGCGCAUGGACGUCAAGUUUUCGCUGUAA